GCCUUCAGCUCCCUGGGCUGCUUCUCUGGCCUCUCUGGUUCUGGUUGCCAAAGCUCUGCUCCUAGGACAGGUCUGCUCUGCAGGCUGCUUCUGUGACUCUGCUCUCAGCUCUCACCUGCUUCCUGGGCUGCUUGUCUGGCCCCUCUGGCUCUGGUUGCUGCAGCUCUGCACCCUGGGCAGAUCUGCUCUCUCUGGGCUGUGCUCUGACUUUUUGGGCUGCAGCUCUGCUCCCAUCAGCUUAGCUUGGGCCCCUGCUCUCUCCUUAGCUCGGCCCCACUCUGUCUGACCCAGGGAAUUCCAGCUCACAUGGAGGAUGGGGAUCCCCUGGCUUACUGACUCCCUGAUUAGCCUGCCCGCUCUGUCAAUCAGUCUGAUUUGGAGCACUGGCCUCUUGCCAUUGUUCCUGGGGACUGUCAGUCUCAGGCUCCUGAUUUCCCAUCAACCCUUCCUCUUUUAGUACUGGGAGCUAGCCAACUAAAACACGCCCACUGAAUGUUAGUAAGGGGGCAACAGUCCCCUUACAACUCUAUGGGGAGGAAGUAAGCAGCCCUCAGUGGUGAAAGAACAGGUUAAGGACUAUUUAGAAAAGCUGGACAUGCACAAGUCCAUGGGUCCAGAUCUAAUGCAUCUGAGGGUGCUGAAGGAAUUGGCUGAUGUGAUUGCAGAGCAUUGGCCAUUAUCUUUGAAAAUUUGUGGUGAUCAGGGGAAGUCCCAGACUAUUGGAAAAAGACAAACAUAGUGCCCAUCUUUAAAAAAGGGAAGAAGGAGAACCCGGGAAACCACAGCCUCACCUCAGUCCCUGGAAAAAUCAUGGAGCGGAAUCCAUUUUGAAGCACUUGGAGGAGAGGAAGGUGAUCAGAAACAGUCAAGAUGGAUUCACCAAGGGCAAGUCAUGCCUGACCAACCUGACUGUCUUCUAUGAUGAGAUAACUGGCUCUGUGGAUAUGGGGAAAGCGUUGGACGUGAUAUAUCUUGACUUUAGCAAAGCUUCUGAUACGGUCUCCCACAGUAUUCUUGCCAGCAAGUUAAAAAAGUAUGGAGUGGAUGAAUGGACUAUAAGGUGGAUAGAAACCUAGCUAGAUUGUUGGGCUCAGCAGGUAGUGAUCAACGUCUCGAUGUCUAAUUGGCAGCUGGUAUCAAGCGGCGUGCCGCAGGGAUUGGUCCUGAGGCUGAUUUUGUUCAACAUCUUUAUUAAUGAUCUGGAUGAUGGGAUAGAUUGCACCCUCAGCAAGUUCACAGAUGACACUAAGCUGGGGGAAGAGGUAGAUACUCUGGAGGGUAGGGAUAGGGUCCAGAGCAACCUAGACAAAUUGGAGGAUUGGACUAAAAGAAAUCUGAUGAGGUUCAACAAGGACAAGUGCACAGUCCUGCACUUAGGAUGGAAGAAUCCCAUGCACUGCUACAGGCUGGGGACCAACUGGCUAAGCAGCAGUUCUGAAGAAAAGGACCUGAGGAUUACAGUGGAUGAGAAGCUGGAUCUGAGUCAGCAGUGUGCCCUUGUUGCCAAGAAGGCUAACAGCAUAUUGGGCUGCAUUAGUAGGAGCGUUUCCAGCAGAUCGAGGGAAGUGAUUAUUCCCCUCUGUAUGGCGCUGGUGAGGCCUCAUCUGGAGUAUUGCUUACAGUUUUGGGGCUCCCACUACAGAAAGGAUGUGGACAAAUUGGAGAGAGUCCAGCAGUGGACAAUGAAAAUGAGAGGACUGGGGCACAUAAUUUACAAGGAGAGGCUGAGGGAACUGGACUUAUUUAGUCUGCAGAAGAGAAGGGUGAAGGGGGAUUUGAUAGCAGCCUUCAACUACCUGAAGGGGGGGGUUCCAAAGAGGAUGAAGCUCAGCUGUUCUCAGUGGUUGCAGAUGACAGAACAAGGAGCAAUGGUCUCAAGCUGCAGUAGGGGAGGUGUAGGUUGGAUAUUAUGAAAUAUUAAUGUGACAUUCCCCUCUGGUGUUAUCUAGACCAGUGAUCUGAUAGGCCACUCCAGUCCUUGACUCUGGGAGCCAGCCUUACCCUGCUCUGCAGUGAGAACCCCCACUCCUGGUCUGUUCACGCACAGCCUCUGUCAUGUAAGCUAUCCUCAGCUAUCUGCAAGCAAAUGACACUAGCCAAUAUCUCCAGUUCCAGACACAGCGCUAGGAAUAUUUGUCUUGCAGUGUGCAGUUAUGCCUGCUGGACACUGCAAGCUUAUAUGAGUUCAUCAAUUUAACAAAGAAAUUGAUAUGUACCAUAUCUCCAUCCUUAGAGAUUUUUAAGGUCAGGCUCGACAAAGCCCUGGCUGGGAUGAUUUAGUUGGGGUUGGUCCUGCUUUGAGCAGGGGGCUGAACUAGAUGACCUCCUGAGGUCUCUUCCAACCCUAAUAUUCUAUGAUUCUAUGAUUCAGGAGGCUUGCCAGGGAGAUGUGAACCUUCUCCAAGUGGUGUUCUCUUUGUUCUCACCCCAGCCUCACCACUGUAUCUGACAUGCACUGAGCCAGCAUUUGAUAAAUGCAUAAUGAGGCUAUAUAUCACUCAGCAGCUCUUUGACCAAAUGACUUAAAAUAUGCAGUUCAGACUCUACCCUACACCCAGAAUGAGCAUAUCAAUUUUCAGGCCAGUCGGACUGUGUGUGUGUGUACACCAAGCUUGCCCAUUCUCAUUUCCCCAGUCUCAGCAUUGUGUUUAUGGCAUACACAGAGCCUACCUAUUCUCAGCUUCCCAUUCCUCAGUGCUGAGUGACUGUUCUACUCCCUGUCUUAGCACUAUGUAUCUUUGGCACGCAAUGAGCCUGUCCAGUCUCUGCUUCUUCCAGUCUCACUAUGGUGUGCUUGUGACAUACAGAAAGUCUGGCUGUCCUCUGAACACUCCCCAGUCUCAGCCAUGGGUACCUAUGGCAUGUGCUGAGCCAGUAUUUAAAAACAGGUAAUUGGUUGGAGCUAUAUCUUGGGAACCUCUUUACUAAAUGUUGCUAUGUUUGCAACAAAAAAAUCCACACUAACCCCCAUUGUAGUGUGCUAAGUUUUAGGCCAAUCUGACUCUUCCUGUGAAUUUUAGAACACUUUGAAAUUAUGCCUUUACACACAAAUUUUGCUCCAGCCUCUUUAGACCCAAUUCUCAUUUCCACUAUGGCCAAUCUGUACUUCUCUGGCCAUGUAAAGGGGCCUGUAGCGAGGUGACCCUGAAGGGGUUAGAAGCAGCCCUGCAGAGGGCUGUGGAGGGGAAAAGCUAGGCUAAUUGGGAAAACAGCCACAGCUGAGGCCAGUUUAAUCAAGGCCCAGCUGGCUGUUAUAAGAGGGCAGUGGGCUAGAAGCUAGAAUAUACACUUUCUGUCUUGCUUCAUGAGAGAGAAGGACUUGGCUGCCUGGGAGCAGAGAAGGGUGCCUGAAGUGGAGUAGUGCUGGGGAAGGGCAGAGGGAGCUCCAGCCAAGAAAAAACCCCAGGCUGCAGACCUUGCUAAAAGGUCAAAUAGGUACAAGGGCUGCAGAGAGGCAGCCCGGAGAUAGGUAAAAGCAGCAGGUCCUAACCCGCCUUACUGAUGAUGAGUGGUUAACAGAUUGCAGUCUGCCCCAGUGAGUGGGGGCUAGACGGUGACUGCCAGUAGCCACUGAGGCAAGGUGGGGAUAGAGGGUUGGGGAAUUCCUCUGGGUGGGGAGACCCAGAUUGUGGGUUGCUGUGGGGGGCAGACCCCUGAUGUAAAAGCCACCAGGGUCUGAGAGGGACACGGGGGGACAGUGGCCUGCAGAGGGCACUCUGGGCUGGAAGAGCUAAUUCCCAGGAUGACCAGCAGGAGGUGCUGUGCUGGUGAGUCCCACCCUGCCAUAGGGCCUUAAAGUGGGAGUAUAGAGCCAUUUGCACUACCAGAGUAGUACACAGGGGCUGAAGUGUAAAUGAGAAUUGGAGGCCCAAUGUCGUUAAGAAGCCUUGGGUCAGUCAUGUACAUCACUUUAUGGAACCAGAAUGAAGGAUUAAUAAACUUCUGAGUUUAAUUUUGAAGCUGGUUGGUGGUGGACACCACAUGAGCUCAGGGGCUGUCUAGUGAUAAGGUUUAUAUGUGGCUAUUUUCCAUAUUUUUUUUCUUUAACUUUGGUCAACUUAGGAGGGCAGGGGAAUCUGUCUGAUAGCUCCCUUACCAACUGACUUCAAACCUACACUGCUAAUAAUGCUAACCAGGACCUUCAACUACCAAGGCAAUUUUCAGGUCAAUCUGAGUCUGCAUAUGGCUUUUAGGGCACUUUGACAAACCAGGUCCAAACAACUUUAACUAUGGUUCUGUAAGGACCACCCCAUAAUAGGAAACUUAAACAAAUAACCCCCCCCACACACACACAGGAUGUGCAAUGAGGAGCAGACAGAUGUGCUGUAAGAUAUUUGAGCACAAUUUCUGCUGUUACACUUCAGCAAGACUAUUGACUUCAACAAGGUUGCGUGGCGGUAAAUGAGAGCAAAAUCUAACCCUUUUGCUUUUAUAUUUUUAGACUUUUUUAACCCUUUAACUGUGCAACCUUAAUGUUUUAUCAAGAAACCUUUUUAUUUAGUACAGUGGCUCUCAACCUUUCCAGACCAUUGUACUACUUUCAGGACUUUGAUUUAUCUUGUGUAUCCCAAGUUUCAGCUCACUUAGGCUACAUCUUCACUACUGGCCAUAUCGGCGGGUAGCAAUCGAUUUCUCGGGGAUCGAUCUAUCGCGUCUCAUCUAGACACGAUAUAUCUAUCCCUGAAUGAGCUCCUGUUGACUCCAGAAUUCCACCAAUGCGAACGGCGGUAGCGACGUCGACAGGGGGAGCCGCGGACGUAGAUCCCGUGCUGUGAGGACAGUAGGUACCUCGAUCUAAGAUACUUCGACUUCAGCUACACUAUUCACGUAGCUGAAGUUGCGUAUCUUAGAUUGAUUUCCCCCCCCCAGUGUAGACCAGCCCCUAAACUACUUACUUCUGCAUUUUUUUGGUCUGACUUUUGUAAGCAUCACAACACACUGUUACUGAAAAAUUGUUUACUUUCUUAUUUUUACCAUAUAUUAUAAAAUUGACUGGCAUAUAAAUAUUGUACUUAAAUUUUAGUGUGUAGUGCAUAUAGAGCAGUAUAAACAAGUCAUUGUAUGAAAUUUUAGUUAGCACUGAUUUUGCUAGUGCUGUUUAUGUAGCCUGUUAUAAAUGAGGUAAAUAUCUAGAUGAGUUGAUAUACUCCCUGGAAGACCUCUGUGUACCUCCAGGGGUCUGCAUACCCCUGGUUUAGAACUACUGAUUUAAUAGACCUAAUAUUAAAAAAUGUCUAUUUAAUCAGGACCAAAAAAAUUUUAAACACAUAUAUCAGAGCUUUGCUGAAAGGGACUUAAGCAUGUGCUUAAAUUUACAUACUUGCAUAAGUGCUGAAUUAGUGGGCUUUAAUUCCUUGAGGUGUCAUGAUCUGGAGGAGUGAAGUUGGGAAGUCAGGAACUUCAUUUCUAUUUCCAGUUCUGCAACAGACUCACUGUGGUCCUGAGCAUACUCCUCCAAACUCUGCCUGAGUUUCCAUUAAGAAUCAUCUACCUGGGAUUUUAUAAGGUUGUUGAGCUCAAUAUGGGAGAAGCUGGGUUAAAUUCUAUGCCCUGUGAUAUACAGUAGGUCAGACUAGAUGAUCUAAUGGUUCCUAUUGGCCUUAAGAAUCUAGAAAGGAUUGCAUAGUUAAUGUUUUUAAUUUUUCGAAGUUAAAUCCUCUUAAAUAUAACUGGAAAAUUAAAGUCCCUUUUUUCCUGAUUUUUUUUAAACUAUAAACUUUAAGAUUGUAUUAACCAAAGUUCUAUUGUUUGAUUCUAAUUAGACCUGUUUAGUUGGGUCAGAAAUUCCCUUUGAAGGCUAAAGAAGUGGGUUGCUGACAACUCUUUGGGAAACGGGCUGGAGGUUUUAAGUACAGGGCAUUGCCCCCCACUGCAAGUUGGAAAGAAAGGGGUGACCCUCACAAGAGGCAUUCUGCAAAGGUCCAGGCUUCAUUGUGGCCUUAGUGGGAGCGGAGAUGGGGAGUGCCUAGAACCUGAUCAAAGGCAGCUACUGCCCAAGCCAAAUGUACCAAUACUAAGCUUCCAAACUUCAGCCCCUCCUGUAUUCUAAUCCUAGUUUCCACUGCCUUCCCCAGCUCCGCCAAUGCCCCUCAGUCCUCACCUUCAGCCCCUUCUGCUAUUGCUCUCCUAGCCUAGCCAUACACGCAGCUCCGCCAACGUAUCUCAGUGGUGACCUCACUGCAGUCACUGCUAUUUUGUGCCAGUGGGGUUUUGUGCUGGGAGAUGACGAAGGUGCCGUUCAAUGGAGUCAGCAUUAAAAAUGGGUCAUUAGAGAGAAAUGUCAGAUGUCAUUUCUAAAGAUAGAGCCUCACGCUGAGUAAAACAAGGCCUCAAAGGCGGUCAUUUCAGAAUACACCCUCUCACCACAAUAACCCAUCAACAUCUCAUGUAUGAGAGGCAUUGUUCUCAGUCCCAGCCCCUCAGUUCUCCAAGCCUGAGCUUUAGGUUACUUUCCCAGGCAAUGACAGAUAUACAGCUAAAUUCUGGCCUCCUUUUUUAAGUUGCACUCCAUAUGUUUACGGAAAUAUGCUUAUGAGUAUAAAUAUAAUGUAACUGGAAUAUGCUUUAUGCAAAAGGUCUCUUGUAAGGUAUCAUUACAAAGCUUAUGAUCUACUGAGUGUGUUCAGCCUGUUUGUUUGCAUGUAUUAUUUCUAUGUCUGGAGUUAGGAGAAUAAGAUAUAAACUUGUAUUACUAAUUUAAACAUGUUAAGUGGAAGCCAUUAAGGGUGCUUCAGAAUCAAUGAACUGUGAAUGGGUUUGUUUACCUGCAAGCCUUCCUAUGUACAUGUCUUUCAGCUACUAGGCUAAGAAGGAGGUCUUACAGUGACAUGUGAUCAUGUCACCUGAACUGGAAUCCAUCUUAAAUGUACUGCUUUUCCAUUUAGACGGAAGAGCGGGAACCCAGAGAGAGACAAAGGAUUCCCGCCUUGUACCAAAGCUAUAAAAGGGGGUGGAACAGAACAAAAGGGGUUGCCAGUCAUGAGUAAUCCCCAAGUUACCGCCUGAGCUGGAACAAUGACUGUACCAGGAGAAAGGAUUGGGCUCAGACUAGGAAGGAGUCUAGUCUGUGGAAGGAGCUCAUUGGAACAUCUCCGAGGCUCCUCAUCUAGUGUCCCCUGUGAAUUGGAAAAACAGAAAAAGAAAGCAUAUAUUUGAGAAAGUAAAAGAAAAAAUGGAAAGAGGAGCAAAGCAUUUUGAAAAGACUGAAACAAUUGACAGAAACAGUGAAGCGUAAAGAUCAAACCAAAAAAGCUUUGGAUCCAUUCUGGCGGUGAAGUGAGUGUGGAGACACAUCCCCUUCGUCUCCUUGAUGCCACCAUGACAUUGGCAUUUAUGCCACUGGGUCUCGCCCUCGUGCUGCUGGUGACCAAUGCCAGCAGUACUUCCCCUGGAGCACCAAAGGAGCAGAGGGUGUGGGCCAAAGUGGGAGACCUGGUUGUGCUCCCCUGUCACCUGAGUCCUCAUGAGCUGCAGAGGAGCUGGAAGCAGCUGUAUGAGAAGACAGCUGUCCGCUGGGAGCGGCAUGGGGAAAGCUCCCACAAAGAGCCCCACAUGGUGCUGGAGGUCGAGUACAGUGGUCUCCUGAAAAGAGCCCGAUCCAUGAUGCCCCGAGCCUCAGUUAGAGAAACCGGCUUCCGCCAAGGGAACUUCUCCCUCUGGAUUGAGCCACUACUGAGUGAAGAUGCAGGCCAUUACGAGGCGCUGGUGAGAUAUGGCAAGGAGACUCGGCGCUGCCAGUUGGAGUUGGGCAUGGUGACAGUGACUGUCAAUCCCCCAGGCCUCCUGGUGGAAGCAGAGCCUCUCUUGCUAAACUGUAACUCCAGUCAUCCAGCUAAGCUUGUGAAUAUGCGCUGGUUCCAUAAUGGUAGCCUGGUCCCCAUUUCCAGCAGGUUCCGUUCCCGCCAUGGGGCUCUAUCCAUCUCCAGGCCAACUGUGAGCGAUUCAGGGCCCUGGCGCUGCGAACUCACAUACUCAGAUGACGAGAGAGUUUCUGCCUCAUUCAACCUUCAAAUUCUAGGUUUUGCUGGCCCAGUCUCUCCUGUAGUUUAUGCGGCGGUAGGAUCUGCUGCCAACCUUCCCUGCCUCCUGAAUCGAGACCCCAGUGCUUCCAGCAUUCUAGGGGUGUCAGCCCACUGGAGCCAUUUUGCAGGAGGGGAUCUGAAAAUAUGGGACAUCUCCAGGAAUGGGAGCAACGGGAGCUUCACCCUCCAUCUCCCUGAAGUGGGGCCACAGGACGCAGGGCAAUACUGCUGUGCUGUCUCUAUCCAUGGCAUGACCAUCACAAGGGAUGUGACCUUGGCAGUGAUGACAGUCACCCCAAGUAUCAAAGGGCCAGUCGCUGAAGGCUCUCAUCUACUGCUUAUCUGCAGCCUCACCCACCCCAGGGGGCAUGAACACUUUCAGUGGAGGCAACUGAGUUCAGGCCUCAGCAAUGGGAGCUCAUUAGAGGCCACUCCCAGGAGCCCAGCAGUCCAGCGCUACUAUCCGGGUUCCACCCUGGAACUGACCCAUGUGUUACAGGAGGAUAUCGGCACCUGGGAGUGCAGCGUCCAUGGCUCAGAAGGGAGGCUGGGAGCUGUGGAAUAUGAGCUGUAUAUUACAGGUGCCCAGCUCUCUGGUCCUCAUCCCAUUCUGGAUGGGCAGACCUCUUUUGGCCUUAUCCUUGUUCUCUUCCUCCUGCUUGUGGCCUCCAUCCUGGCUUUGGUCCUGCAGAACCGUAGGAUAUUCUCCCCAGCCUUCCCGGCACUGGAGCGAGUGGUUACCGCAUCCACACCAGGGAAUGCAGGAAAGGAUGAAGGCCAGGAAGGGAAGAGCCUGCAGACAGAGUGUUGAUGAGAGAGAAGGCACAAAGGUCAUUUGGAAUGGCAAGCACUUCAAUGGGAAAACAAGACUCUGCUACAGCUGGGGGAACCAUUCAGAUUUGUCCAGAGGGCAUGGAGGUCACAUGGACACAGCCUGGGGACCAUGCCACUGCAGAGGGAGUGGGAGCCAUAUGACAAAGGAGAUAGGAGUCAUCUGGGUGCAGGAAGGUUGGGAUAGGGGGUUGUACAGGUUUCUGAGCUUCCUUUUUGGAGAUGAAGGACUCCAGUAUUCAUAACCUGCUUCAGUUCCACUUGUUUCUCUUGCACCCUCUAUCUCCCUCUCUUGGCCUUUCUCCUUCCUUGGAGGGGUGAGAGUGGCCUUUAACAGAUGGGGAGAUUGGCAGAGACCUGGCUCCCCUUUGCCCACAGGGCAUUUAACUUCCUGCUGCCAACUUCCCUCUCUGUAUCCCAUAAGCACCCUCCUCCGGCACUUAUUCGCUGGCACAGCGGAUCCUGCAGCCAGGGAUACUGCAUAGUUGAGUUUGUUAUAGUUUAUUAGCACUCAGAAGAAAAUAUCCUGCAAUAA